ACCGCCAUGUUGGAUGAGGGAGCGCCCUUCCCUCCCCACCCAACUCAGGAGCCGCGCAUGCGCAGAGGCCGAGGAGGGGCCGGCUGUCACUUGAGGGAGGGAAAGGGGAACCACGAAGGAGGGCCCCGCCAUGGCCGACUCGAUUCAGAAGAAGCUGCAGGGCGAGGUGGAGAAAUACCAGCAGCUGCAGAAAGAUCUCAGCAAGUCCAUGGCCGGGAGGCAGAAGCUGGAGGCCCAGCUCACCGAGAACAACAUCGUCAAGGAGGAGCUGGCUCUACUGGACGCCUCCAACGCCGUGUACAAGCUGCUGGGCCCCGUGCUGGUGAGGCAGGAGCUGGGCGAGGCCCGGGUGACGGUGGGCAAGCGGCUGGACUACAUCACCGCCGAGAUUAAGCGCUACGAGGCUCAGCUGCAGACGCUGGAAGGUCAAGCCGAGCGCCAGCGCGAGACCCUGUCCCGGCUCCAGCAGGAUUUUCAGCGGGCGCAAGCGCAGGGCCCGGCCCCGGGCAAGGCCUGACCCCCCCCCGCGGCCCCCCGACGAUGACCCCCGACCCCGGGGACGGCCAAUAAAUCACCUCGACGGUUCCCGCC